UUCUCGCGAGAUUACCCGAGACAGGAAGAGAAGAAGGGGAAGGUCAAGAACUAAAACAUGGCAACUCGCUGUAUGUUGAGGUCUGUUUGGACCUCAUUUGCGGGCUUAAAAUUAGGUCCCACAGGUACCAACGUGAAGCUUCAACAGAGGAUAAAUACCCCCCAGCUGUCGGCGUUAACCAUUCAGAGCCGAGGGAUCCGCCAAGUGGUGGAGAAGCAAGAGGGUAAAACAACAACGGUUGAAGGACAAAUAUUGGACAUUCCAGCAGCACCACAGCCUCCAAACCCUGCAGCCAAGUGUCCUAUCUACAAAUGGAACCUGCAGAACAAAUACAACUAUACGGAUGUCUUGUUGCUCAGUCAGUUCAUCAGAUCAGAUGGAGGGAUGUUGCCAAGGAGAAUCACUGGUCUCUGUCCAGAGGAGCAUCGCAAGAUUGUCAUCUGUGUGCAGAUGGCCCACAGAGCAGGUCUGCUGCCUGACCACAAACCAAAACUUCCAGAGGGCCAUGUCCCAAAGAAGCCCAAGCCCCAACUUAACAGAUACCUGACCCGCUGGUCCAUUGACUCAGUGAAACCCAUCUAUAAAACUGGACUAAAGUGGUGUAAGAAGCGCAUGGCUGUUGGCCACCCAGCACUCAAGAACAAUGUGCGUUACGGCGUCAAGCCUCUUUACUUAAAACACUGAAGGACAGAAAGCCUGACUAAUCGCUACAACAACUGGACGAGAGUGGGUGGGCCCUUUUUUAUCCAAGGGGAGCAGUUCCAAGUGGAUUGACUUGUCCUCCUGGCCUGGGAAAAGGCCUAAAAGCUUUAUCCAUCUGUAUUUAUAAAACCUGUUGUUUAUUAAGCUGCGUCACGCUUUUAAUGAAUCAUGCUCAGCCCCACCCAGAACCAAUCCAUUCUGUCUUUGUUGUUUUUCAAUAAGCCCUUGAAGUGAACUCUCUGACAACUUAAUGUGAGCGUCAGUGUAACAGUUUCAAAGUAGGUGGUAUGUUGACUGUGUAUACAUAAGGCAACGCAGAUGUGCAAAUAAAUCGUGUUUAUUGUA